CUCUAUAGGGGGGGGUCUACUGAGCUCCCCGUCCUUCUGUGUGAGGUGACUCAAGAUAUCCCGAAAUGCGCAUUUCCGCCAGAAAGGCAGCACUUGCAGGCGCAGCGGCCGUCUGCUUCUUGCAUCACUCAUCAUGUCUGGGGUACACAUCAUUCGUGCGGCCGUUGCACCCCCGCCAUUGUAGCGCAAUUAAGAGGGCAAUGCCCUACAGACGCAGCGACCGAAAUCAUGUGCUGAAGCUUGCUGCCGGAGGAGGCCCGUCCCGUGCUGUCGGAGAGUCGACUCCUUUGUCUCGGGCGCGAGACGUAUUGUUUGAGCCGGCCUUUCGAAGUCUACUCCCGCCAAUGGCCGCGGCAGGCGCGCUGCUCGGCCCCAACCUCGACAACUACCACAGCGCCUUCGGGGUGUUGGCGUACAAGCACCCCAUCGAGCUGAACGUCGCCGGACACUUGAUCCUUACAACGGACUGGUGGGUGCCGCCUCUGUUCGCUGUUGCUGGAGCUGGGAUCGGGGCGCUCUAUAUACUUUUGGACGCGGCCUUGGAGACUCCGCAGGCGCAGCGGGAGCCGUUGUGGCGAGACGUUCUCCUGUCGAUUUCUUUGUUCAGCUUCCAGUACUACCUGAGCGGACUGUUGACAGCCGUGGGGUGUCCGAACUGGGUGUUGGUGGGGUCGUUGGCGGUCAUCGCCGAGCGCGUUUUUGAUGUCUUCGACGCCACACGAGCGGGGCUGUGGGUCUCCCUGGCUACGGCAACGCUGGGUCCGUUAAUCGAGAUUUUCUUGGUGAACGCAACGGAUCUGUACAUGUACAACGGAGCCGACUUUUUCGGGGUGGACAGCUGGAUUCCGAUCGUCUACUUCUGCGGGGGUCCCGCGGUGGGAAACUUGGCCAGGACGAUAUACGCAAAACUCCUCGCGGCGGAAAGAAAGGAGGGGCGCAACCUAACGUAG